UGUAAUCUAAUCUCUUCCCGCCCUACCAUACCAGGUAUGGCCCUCCUCCAACCCACCUCCGCCAUCUCCAAUCUCAACCACAACAGCCACGCGCUCCGCCGCCGCCUGGACUCCAUCGCGUCCAUGUCGGAGCUCCGGCAGUACCACUCGCAGGUGGUCCGGCUGGGGCUCGGCGGCAACAACGACGCCGCGGGGCGCCUCCUCAAGUUCCUGGCGCUCCACCCCUCCGGCGACCUCCCCUACGCCCUCCGCCUCCUCCGCCUCCUCCCCGACCCCGACCCCUUCCUCUUCAACACCCUCCUCCGCGCCCGCGCCCUUCCCCCCUCCGCCGCCGCCUCGCUCCUCUCCCGCAUGCUCUCCCUCUCCCUCCUCCCCAACCGCUUCACCUUCCCCCCUCUCCUCCCCUCCGCCUCCCCCUCCCCCUCCUCCUCCCUGCCCUUCGCCCUCCAACUCCACUCCCUCCUCCUCAAGCUCGGCUUCUUCUCCGACCCCUUCUCCCAAAACAGCCUCCUCUGCUUCUACCUCUCCUGCGCCCUCCCCGACGUCGCGCGCCGCGUCUUCGCCACCGCGCCACGCCGCGACGUCGUCACCUGGACGACGAUGAUCAGCGGGCUCUCGAGAUCGGGCCUCGUCGACGAAGCCCGCGAGAUGUUCGACGUAAUGCCGGAACGGAACUCCGUCUCCUGGAAUGCCAUGAUCGCAGGCUACGUGCAGGUGGGGCGGUUCGCCGAUGCGUUCGAGCUGUUCGAUCGAAUGCGCCGGGAAGGUCUCAGGCUCGACAAGUUUGCGGCCGCGAGCAUGCUCGCGGCUUGCACCGGCCUGGGCGCGCUGGAUCAGGGCCGGUGGAUUCACGAGAAUAUUACUCGAAACGGGAUCGAAUUGGACUCCAAAUUGGCCACCACGGUCAUUGACAUGUACUGCAAAUGCGGUUGCGUGGAGAAGGCGUACGAGGUCUUCGAAGGGUUGGAAAAGAGAGGGAUUUCAUCUUGGAAUUGCAUGAUCGGAGGCUUCGCGGUGCACGGCAGAGGAGAGGAUGCUAUCGAGCUCUUUAAACAGAUGGAGAGAGAAGGGGCCACGCCGGACGGUAUCACGCUGUUGAACGUCCUCAGCGCCUGCGCGCACUCCGGCUUGGUUAGUGAGGGUCGAUACUACUUCAAUUAUAUGAUUCAGGCCUCUAACAUCGAGCCCAAGAUGGAGCAUUACGGAUGCAUGGUCGAUCUCCUUGGACGUGCCGGGCUGUUAGAAGACGCUAAAAAGGUGAUCGACGAAAUGCCGAUGAGCCCAGAUGCCGGCGUUUUGGGAGCGCUCCUGGGAGCAUGCAGGAUUCACGGGGAUGUGGAGAUGGGAGAGAGGAUCGGCAGAACGGUUAUAGAGUUGGAUUCGAAGAACAGCGGGAGAUAUGUUUUGUUGGCCAAUCUAUAUGCAAAAGCUGGUCGGUGGGAGGAUGUGGCGGAGGUGCGGAGAUUAAUGAACGACCGCAGGGUGAGAAAGGAGGCUGGACGGUCGGUGAUUGAGAUGAAUGGCGAGGUGAAUGAGUUCAUUUGCGGCGGCAUGUCUCAUCCUCAAGCUAGAGAGAUAUAUGAGACUGUGGAUGAGAUGUUGAACAGGAUAAGAUUGGCGGGUUAUGUUCCGGACACUGAAGGAGUGCUGCAUGAUAUCGGCGAGCAAGAGAAGGAGAAUCCGCUGUAUUACCAUAGCGAGAAGCUUGCGAUAGCAUUUGGGCUGUUGCAUACCAAGUCUAGUGAGACAAUUCGCAUCACGAAGAAUUUGAGAGUGUGCAGAGACUGUCAUGAGGCGAGCAAGCUUAUAUCGAGAGUAUUCGAUCGCGAGAUUAUUGUGAGGGAUCGGAACCGGUUCCACCAUUUUAAGGACGGGAAGUGUUCUUGCAGAGAUUAUUGGUGAAGUUCGGAAGGGACACGGCAAACAGCAAAGUCGAUCCUUCCUUCAAAAGAAAGUUGCACAAUCACAACCCCAAAUGUUAACAAUAACGAUACGUUUGUGCAGUCUCUACGCAGAUUCGUAUUUGAGAACAGAUUUCAACAGUGUGAACUCUACUCCCAUAACAACGAAGCCGAGGAGGCAUGAAAGAUACAACAUCAAACUACUUCUCACCUUUAAUAAAUAAUAUGAAGAAAGAACAGCUUUUGGAGCGCUUGAAGUUUA